GUCAAAAAUUAUGAAGUAAGACGGGGCGUCGAUAAUUGUAUUCUGUUCGUCAUUUCAAAUUGGAAAAUGUAAUUAAACUAAAACAGAUAAACAAACACGAUGGACGAACACGAAUUCUUCCGACAGACGGUCCAGCAUCUUGCCCGCUGUUUAUCCUGCUUGAAUCCAACACCAUGGGAGAAGGUGAACACACUAUUCAUGUUGUGCCCACAAGCCAGCUCCAAUCUACUAGUUACAUCUCGCAGUCAGGAGGCGAGUAUAGCACUCGGUCUGUACUUCCUGCAGAGCGGGCUCCAGCAUCAGGAUAAACUGUUACCAUACUUUCUGAAGAUCCUCAAAUGUUUAACUAAUGCACAGUUUGAAGAACCAUUGUGCAGGAUUAAGUUUGCUGACCGUAUACCAAUGGCAGAAAAAUUCAGUUUCUGUCUUAACACGUUACUAUCUGAUGUCGCGUCAAAGCAGGCUUCUCUACGAGAAGAGAUCAUAACAGCACAAAUAGAACUUAUGUCCAACCUCACAAAGAUCAUAAUCAGUUGUCACGAAAGCAAGGAUUAUAAGAACACUGUCUCCAAACUACAACUCUGCAAGAGUACUAUACCGACAUUGAUUGGUCUAGCUCGAUCUAUGGGCAGAUAUGCAACUGUGGACCCACCUUUACUUUGUAGACUGUUCCCUCAACCACCAAGUCCUGUUAAAACUAAAGAACCAGAACCAAACUUCGAGUAUUCAACGUUGGAUAAGAAGAGAAAGUUCAAUCAAUUCAGACCUAUCAUUCCAAGGUCAUUAUCAGGUAAUUUGAAUCCAAAUAAUGAAGGUAUUAUGGAAAAUGGCACAGACGCAUCUGAUAGUACUGGUGGUACAUUAAAACGAGGGUCAUUGCAUAGUUAUAGCUCAGUGCCUUAUGAUCCUACGACGUACUUCUUUCAUAAGUUUGGUUCGAGUUUCAAUCAAUUCCCGUAUAUGAGGUUUUCUGAAUCACCGGAGAAGAGAAUCAAUGUUCAAUUCUAUGUGACUUAUUUACAAUCGAUUCUUUCAUUGGCUAAGAAGCUGUUGACUAAAGAUUUGUUGGCAUUUCUGGAUGAAGAAGCGGAGGAUAUUCAUGCAUCUGGACAAAUUCAGGUUUUCCCAUACAAAUCCUUCUCUGAGACACUUAAUUUGGUGAUGGUGACAUUGCUACGAGAGAUUUUACAACACCAGAAAGAUUUACCAGGACCAUUUACCAAAGAUGUUCAGGAAUUCGUAAAAUGUUUAUUCCUGAGUGGUCAAACAGAGCUACAGAGUCGACAUCACGAUGCAUCAGAGAAGGAAGACAGGGAGACAAACUUUGCAACUGUCAAUAAAUUUAAAGUCAACGUGAUGGCAAACUCCGCAUGUGUGGAUUUACUUGUCUGGGCUAUAGGAGAUGAGACAGGUGCGGAUUCACUGUGCGGACGAUUGACUGAGAAGAUAAAUUCAAAUCAUAAUCACAAGUUGAUAUUGGCACAUAUGCCGUUACUGAUGGUCUGUCUAGAGGGUCUUGGUAAACUGGCUACAAAGUUCCCGUCCAUAGCCAAUACGUCUAUAUAUUGUUUGAGAGAUUUCUUAGUGACGCCUUCACCGAUAUUAUUCAAACUACACAAGCUGGAGAUAGAGAAGACUGGCAAAGAGCAUAUGAAAGUUACAUUGCAAGGUAAAGAAUUACAAGGUAUGACAUCAACCGGUGUACCAGUGAAGUCUACACCAUUCGAGAAACUUCGAGAUGCGGCCAUAGAGAAUCUAUGUGUGGCAUUGGAGGCUGCUUUGACUGUGGACCCAUUCUGUGUGCCCGCACUCGUCGGCUCCGUCAGUAAUAGACUGUUUACUGCUGAAACUAGUGAUAGUGAAUCUUCACUAAUAAGUACGAACAUAGUGAUAAUGCUGGGCCACGUCUCCGUAGCGCUUAAAGACACGCCGAAAACAACGGACACCAUCUUACAAUUCUUCCAGCAGAGGUUAUGUCGGGCUCCGUCGUCGUUGGACACGUUGAUAGUUGACCAGCUGGGCUGUAUGGCGCUGGCCAGUCCUGAGGGACCUGCACAUGAUGAGAUCAUGCGUAUGUUCACCGUCAUCACAGUAGAGGCCGCCAGUGCAGCGUAUCAUCAUACAGAUGAUAGAAAACAGUACAGGCACGUAUCGGGUGCGGUGUUGAACGCGCUCGCGAACGUGGCUGCGAAUGCUCGCGGAACCAACGCUCGCCUGGAGCUGCUGACGCGUCUGCUGGAGCUCUUCGUGCAGCUCGGACUGGGUGGAGAGCGCGCCACUGAUCGCGCACCUGCUCCAGUACUCAAGGCCUCCGCCAGUGCUGGAAACCUGGGCGUACUCAUACCUGUUAUAGCGGUCCUAGUUAAAAGGCUACCACCAAUAAAGAAUCCUAAACCAAGACUUCACAAGUUAUUUAAAGAUUUCUGGCUGUAUUGUGUCGUUAUGGGAUUCACAGCUGCCGAAUCAGGUCUAUGGCCACAAGAGUGGUACGCGGGCGUGAAAGAGAUAGCAGUGAAAUCGCCCUUCCUUGUCUCGCAAACGUCAUUGCGUUCGGAAAUGCGCGAACUUCAGUACACUUCAGCUGUCAGAAAUGAUUCUGUCUCGCUCACUGAAUUACAAGAGCUGAAGACGCAGAUACUCAAUCUGUUAGAUCAUCCGCCAGAUGUCACUGUCAAUGUCAAUAAGUUGACGUUUGCGCCUUGCAUGUAUUUACUGAGCGUUUAUUGGCUGGAGACUUUGAGGGUUUGCAAUUCUCCGGAACCGAGUUUACAACCAAUUAUUGAAUAUUUGAGUGAUACGGCAUUGCAAAAAGACAAGAGUGGUAUGUGGCAAUGUGUAGCAAGUGUUGGUGACAAAGUAUUCCAGAAGUUUCUAGACGUGAUGUCAGAUAAAGUGAAGGACGAAUGUCGCGAGAGGGAGCUGGAGAGCCACGCGCAGUUCCUGCUGGUCAACUUCAACCACAUUCACAAGCAGAUCCGCCGCGUCGCUGACAAGUGGCUGGCGGGACUCGUCGACCGCUUCCCUCAUCUACUGUGGAACUGUCGGGUGCUAUGGUCAAUGCUGGAUAUACUGCAAGUGCUAAGCUUCAGUUUGGAACUGGACGCAAAUCAGGAAACACCUCUGCUUAAAGUUCCCGGCACUGAUUUCACUCUGCAACUGCAAGAUACAUUGGAAGGCCGAGAGGGUAUAGUAAAAGAUUUCGCAGAUCGUUGUCACGGUAUAGUACAAGAGGCGAUGAAAUGGGCUCCACAAUCGACCAGAUCGCAUUUGCAAGAAUAUCUGAAUCAGGUGCCAAACUCAACAUUAUGGCACCACUGCGGGCUGGCACUAGCGACGGGUGCACUACUUGGUGCCGCGGGACUAAACCGAGCGUCAGCACCUCUGCCCCGCGCCGCCCUCGACAAGCGCCCGCCUUGCGUCACACACGACUCCGCGGCACUACUUGCCGUAGUCUCACAACGUAGUAGAUACGCUGGUGAGGUAUCGGGUGCGGUGCACGCGGAGGGUGGGGGCGAGGCGGCGGUGUGGCGUGUGGGAGCUAAGCUGCACACUGCGCUGCGCGACGCCUGCACCAGUGGGAGCGAGACAGCGCACCGUGCCGCACUGUGGCGCGCAACCGCACUGCUCGUACACGCCCGACAUACUACGUCUGCGCAUGCGCAGUCCUCGCCCACUGCACGCACUUUACUGCAUAGUGUCGCAUGGUCGCAAGUGGACAUAUUCACGGAGGACGCGGUGACGACAGCGGUGGAAUGCUGGCAGUGGCUGACGACAGCGCGACCGGAUCUAGAGCUGCGUCUGCUGCAGGAGAUCUUCGCCGCGUGGCAAUGCACUGUGGAUAGAAAGAUGGGGCUCUUCUCUAAACAGCACGAUGAAAUCAGCCCCUUAGCCGCAUACGAAGGUUCUAAGUUGGAGCCGCGGCCUCCGUUCGUGGCGCCGCAUGCUGUGUGGGUGCGCUAUCUGUGCGAGGUGGCUGACACAGCUAAAUACAACAGCCUGGAGAAGGUCGAGAUGCUGGCCAGUCUGCUGCACAGGUCAUUACCAAUCACUGUUGGAGAUAUAAGAGAUCACAUCAACAGGCACGUAGAAGCGGCUGGAGUUAGAUUCAAGCUAUUAUCCUGUGGCCUGUCAUUACUACAGGGUGAUAUAUUACCACGUUCGUUAGCAAGGAAUAUACUACGUGAGCGUGUAUACAGCGUGUGUUUAGAUUACUUCUGCCGAGGUCUACAAUGUCCAGCUAAAAGUGCAGGCGCACUCAGAGAGGAUAUUAUGUCGUUGAUUAAAUUCUGGCAAUUAAUGCAUUCGGAUAAGAAAUAUUUGAAAAGUAGUGAUAUUGGUGAAUUCGAUACAAUGGGUCCCAGCAGCCAGCAGAGUAUAUACACAUCUAAUUCACCGACAGACAACAGAUCGUCUAUUAACAGUAGUGAUAUCGGCAGUCGACAGACAACAGGGUGGAUUAAUACGGUGCCGAUGUCAACAACGACGUUAAGUAGCGGCGCGGGGAGCGCGGCCGGCAAGCGCUCCAACCGCAGCGUCAAACCUCUCCUCAAGUCUCAGGAUACCUUCGUCAAGGAUUACGUCAGGAAGAGGAACUUGAUACUUGAACUUAUGGCUGUGGAGAUAGAGCUGCUGGUGACGUGGCACAAUCCUCACGCAAGACCGGAGCAGGCGGUGCCGGGCGAGGAUAACAUCGCCACCUGGAGAUCCAAGCCUAACACUGAACGCACCUGGCGAGACUACGCCAAGCACGCCUGGGACAUCAGCCCCGCACUCGCUGUGUUCCUACCUGAGAGGUUGAAGAAUGAAGCAAUAGUGAAGGAGAUCAGACGCAAAGUACAGUCGCAGCCGACCGCAGUGUGUCACAUUCCGCAGGCGCUUAAGUAUCUUGUCACUACAGAGACGUUACUUAGCGAUGCUCAUGAGCUGGUGCAUAUGGUGACAUGGGCACGUGUGAGCCCGGUGGAAGCAUUGUCGUACUUCAGCCGGCAGUACCCGCCGCACCCGCUGUCAGCGCAGGCGGCUGUCAACGCGCUCACCUCCUACCCAUCUUCUGCCGUGCUGCUGUAUAUACCACAACUUGUGCAGGCUCUCAGACACGACACGAUGGGGUAUGUAGCGGAGCUGAUCAAGUCUUUGGCUAAGAAGUCUCAAGUGGUGGCGCACCAGCUCAUCUGGAAUAUGCACACUAAUAUGUACACUGAUGAAGAGAUGCACCAUAAAGACUUGGCUCUCUACGAUAUUCUAGAGUCGUUAACAAAGAGUAUAGUGGACACACUGUCAGGGCCGGCUAAGGCUUUCUACGAACGAGAGUUUGAUUUCUUCAGUCAGAUCACAAAUAUUAGCGGAAUUAUACGACCUUAUCCGAAAGGUGCUGAACGAAAACGUGCCUGUUUGGAGGCACUUAAAAAUGUCAAGGUUCAACCAGGAUGUUACCUUCCUUCGAAUCCAGACUCUAUGGUUAUUGAUAUAGACUAUAAAAGCGGGACUCCGAUGCAGAGUGCUGCGAAGGCUCCGUACUUGGCGCGGUUCCGUGUACGCAAGUACGGUAUUGCGGAGAUGGAGGCCGUUGCUAUGGCAAUAGCGUCGGGAGAGGAACCGCCAAUUGAGGAGGGUAAGGACCGGUUCACAUCAAUAGCUGCGGAGACGUGGCAGGCGGCCAUCUUCAAGGUGGGGGACGACGUGAGACAAGACAUGCUCGCGCUGCAAGUCAUCUCCCUCUUCAAGAACAUCUUCCAGCAAGUCGGACUGGAUCUCUAUCUCUUCCCGUAUAAAGUUGUCGCCACCGCGCCCGGGUGCGGUGUGAUCGAGUGCGUGCCUAACGCGAAGUCACGAGACCAGCUCGGCCGACAGACUGACAUCGGCAUGUACGAGUACUUCAUCAAGAAGUACGGCGAUGAGACCACCAGGGAGUUCCAGGCUGCUCGCAGAUGUUUCGUGACGUCAAUGGCGGCGUACAGUGUUAUCGGGUUCCUGUUGCAGAUCAAAGACAGGCACAACGGCAACAUCAUGCUGGACACAGACGGACAUAUAAUACAUAUAGAUUUUGGGUUCAUGUUUGAGUCAUCUCCGGGCGGUAACCUUGGCUUCGAACCUGAUAUUAAACUGACUGAUGAAAUGGUGAUGGUGAUGGGCGGGAAGAUGGAGGCCCCGCCCUUCCGCUGGUUCUGUGAGCUUUGUGUGCAAGCCUUCCUUGCUGUCAGACCGUACCAAGAAGCUAUCAUAUCUAUGGUGUCCCUGAUGCUUGACACCGGUCUGCCUUGCUUCCGAGGUCAGACCAUCCGUCUCCUUCGCUCUCGUUUUGCACCCAAUUCAACAGAGAAGGAGGCAGCAGCAUACAUGCUCUCUGUCAUACGUAACUCCUUCCUUAACUUCAGAACAAGGACAUAUGAUAUGAUACAAUAUUAUCAGAACCAGAUACCUUACUAAAAUGAAUCCUAUUGCAAUAAGAAUAGAGUUUAAAAUCGAAUAAAGCGAGAUAAUUUCCAGAACAAAUCACACGUGACUUACAAAUACCAUAAUAAAAUGAACUUUAAAAUUAUAUGUAAUAGAGUCGAAAGUCUUUAAACUAUGUAUUGUACACAAUAUUUAAAUAAAUAAGCAAUAAUUAUAAUAUCCACUUUAGGGAACAAAACGAAUGGAUUGAUACCUAAUACUUAAAAAUCAGAAGACCUUUUAGGUUUACCUAAAUUAUACAAACAUACUUAAAAGAUUACACUACUGUGAAUUUAAAAAAAAGUGUUAAGCUGCCAAUUUCAUGGUGCGAA